AUGGGCGAACAUGGGUCGACGCACAAUGAGAUGGAAAAGAAUAGGCGUGCUCAUCUGCGGCUGUGUUUGGAGAAGCUGAAAGGGCAGGUACCGCUCGGACCCGACGGCACCAAACACACCACCCUCAGUUUACUAACGGCGGCCAAAUUGCACAUCAAGAAUCUUGAAGACUACAGCAGGAAAGCCCUACACCAAAUAGACCAGCUGCAGCGGGAGCAGCGGCACCUGAAAAGGCAACUGGAGAAACUGGGGAUAGAGAGGACAAGGAUGGACAGUAUCGGAUCCACUGUGUCUUCGGAGCGCUCCGACUCGGAUAGAGAAGAGAUAGACGUGGACGUGGAGAGCACGGACGACCUUCCCGCCGACCUCGACUGGAGCAGCGCCAGCAGCAGCCCGAGCGAUUCGGACGAAAGAGGGAGCCUGCAGAGCGUCUGCAGCGACGAGGGCUACUCCAGUGCCGGCGUGAAGAGGUUGAAGUUGCAGAGCAAUCACAAACCUUCUCCCAGUCUAUAA